UUUGUCUUUACACACACACUUGAAAUGUUCGACAAAAUUUCGAUUUUCAAAAACACUACAAAAAAUUCUUUAGUCAAAAACAAUUAAAUUCUUUUUUUUUAACCAUUUAGUUUGUAGUAAAAUUUCAGUACAAAAUCCGGCAGUUUCCUGUUUUACCAAUCGACUAGCUAUCAUCCACUUCGCAUCCAGCUUGAAGUGACACUAAAGACUUAUUUGGCUUGAAAGGAUUGCUAUUUGUUUAUUUCAUUUUGGCAACGCAUUUUCUAUGCAUUCGCAGCGGCAUGAGUUGCUACUGUUUUUAGUUGUCCCAAUGAUACGCACGCAAGGCCCACAUAUUUCGAAAAUCGCAGAACACAGUUCAACAGCAUGCAAGAAAUAGAUGAGGAUCGUGUGCGUGGCUGUCGACCAGCAAGGCAGUGUGGUCCCAGACAGGGUUUGGAUGCACACACGUCUCGGUUUCCGCCAACGCCACGUCAGUAUGAGGCACACGAGUUUGGUUUGCGCGAAGAUGAGCCAUUCCAACAUCCGCGCAUGUUCGAAAAUCUAACCUUUGAAACGAAUGCUGGUGCCUUCGAUGCAAUGCGUGCGGCAAACGCUAGACCACCAUAUCAACAGCAGCCGCAAUUCAAUAUCUGCGAUCUGCCCUCGGAACAGCUCGAUGAUUUCUCGAAUCCCAACUUUCGCGAGGCUUAUGAUGAGGGUGAGUGCAAUGUUUGUUCGCAACAGCAAAAGACGCCAGACAUUUGUGAUAUUUCCGCGCCAGACUUUUGCGACAUAUCAGAUGCCUCGCCGUGGCCGGCACAAACGCCUCCCAGGCAUCGGCAGUCACCCGCAAGACAGCAACAAAAAACGCCUGAUAUUUGCGACAUAUCCGCGCCGGACUUUGGCGAUAUAUCGGCCAUUUCGUCUUACUCUCCAAGGCGUACACAGUCACCGCUGAGACCACAAAGAAGGCAAUCAUUUCCGGAUAGUUGCUUGGAUGACGAAUCAAGUCCAAUGUAUGCCAGCACUAUGGGCUCACCGACACCACAGUUGCAUUAUACACCUAUCGGUUUGUUGAAUACACCCGAUGUAUGUGCACCAACACCACCGGCGCCGACCCCAACACCGCCGCCGCAUUUUUCACCAAUCAGACUGCAGCAGUCGCCUGUGCAGUAUCCCAGUGAAUGUUUGGAAGAUAUUUCAGUGCCUACAUUUGAACAGAGCAUCUGUGAUAUGCCCUCACCGCCUUCGCCAAAAAGAUUCCAAAUGCCGGGGGACUUGCCUUCAGAUAUGGUUUGUGAUAUUAGUGCUCCGUCUUUCGGUUCACCGCCCACGCCAUCCAUGUCUUUUCCAAGUGAGGCAUUAGAACAAAUGACCAUGCCUUCAUUCGAGGACGCCUCAUGUGGUUCACCAUUAGACAGACGUUUCCUUUUGGAUUCAAGAUUAGUUGACGAAAGCCCACUGUCAUUCGCUUCCUCACGGGUUUCCUCGCCAGGACGAUCGUUCUCUAGAAGUGGCACGCCUUAUUCAACAGGGUCAACGUCACGUGGUGUUUGUCCGUCUCCGUGUGCAGCACCUCAAUCGGCACAACAAAGCUAUGAGCCCACUCCGAUGCGAAAACGGCAGUCUCCACCUCGUAGGUUCAAUCUAGCGCAGUUAAUGUCACAACGUCGCUCAACUUCAGAAUGUCCACCCAUGAGAAAUUCGUGUCCGUCUACUGUAUGCACACCUACUCCCCCCGCGCCACAUUUUUCCUAUUACUCUCCGACACCUGUACGGGGGCAAUCUUUACCUAAGGACCUGCCUAGUGAAUGUCUUACAGACGUCAGUCAGCCAUCAUACUACAGCAGUCCUUCUCGCACCCCUGGUCAAAUGCGACCUCUGCCCAGUAACUUGCCGAGUGAAUGUCUUGGAGAUAUCAGUGAACCCUCAUAUGAAAGGACUCCACCUGCGCGAACACCGUCUUUACCGCAUGACUUGCCAUCCGAACUUUUAUGCGAUAUGUCACAACCAAUUUACGAUACGCCUCGCAGUGAACGUUUGUCCGGCAUGACAAUGCCUUCAUUUGAAGAUGCAUCUUGUGGAUCACCAUUGGAUCGACGUUUUUUAUUGGAUUCAAGACUUAUGGACGAAAGUCCUCCAUCUUUUGCAUCGUCACCUCGCAGUUUAUCACCGUGCAGAUCACUUUCGCCGUGUGCACAACCGGCAACAGCAACAACAUGUCCCUCAUUUUCACACGGGCCAUCUAGAACAGCAACUCCUCAACGAUCACUACGCUCUCCUCGUUAUUCACCAGCACCAAGGUUCAUGCGUUCCCGGAGCCCCUCACCUGUAUGUUCACCUACACCACCUGCACCGCAUUUCUCUUUGCGUUCUCCUACACCUGUGAGAUCACCAACCAGGUGCCCAAUGCCAAAAGAUAUGCCAGAUGAAUGUUUGGUAGAUAUAACGGAACCAGAUUAUUAUAGCAGCUAUUACAACGCGUCACCCCCACCAAGACCAUUCCCCAGUAAUAUGGGAAGUGAAUGCAUAUCUGAUAUUAGUACGCCACAUUUUGAGAGAACGCCACCAAAUAGGACCCCGUCAAUACCAAAGAAUUUGCCUUCAGAUAUGAUAUGUGACAUGAGCCCGCCAAAGUAUCAAUCGCCAGCUAGCGAGCAUUUAUCUUUUGAAACAAUGCCCUCGUUUGCAGACACUUCGUGUGGAUCACCAUUAGAUCGUCGUUUCCUUUUAGAUCCCCACUUAGCAGAUGAAUCCAUGCCAUCAAUGAUUUCUUCUCGGUCACCAUCGGUUUCCCCUGAACGGCAUUCCUCCCCAUGUGUAAAGGAAGAAUCGUCUUUUGACAAAACAUAUUGUGAAAUUCUACAACGUUUCAAUUCGUUGAAAUGUAAAGUUGAGACACCUGUGUCUGAUUCGACUAGACAUUCGACGCAUCCUGGCUCGGACAGUGGCGGGCUACCGCAAGGGGAAUGUGUUCGAGAAACAGUUAUAGAACGUACGGAAAAUGAGAAUGGACAACUUGAAAGUACCACUCAACACAUCGUUGUCACAGUUGAUCCCAAUGGAUCCAUAAAAACCCACACUAAAGAGAUUAAGACUAAAUAUCCGAAUUGUUCACCUACCAGGUUAGCCCCUCCUUCAGCGGAUUCGGGUAUACUCACCCAAAGUCCAAGACCAGCAGCACAAAUUGAAACUUUGCGAGACUCCAUACGCCGACGUUUAAGCUUCGACCUAUCUGACAUGCCGAGUGACAACCUAGCCGACGUCACUCCACCGUGUGUUGAUGAUCUGCCAUCCAUGUCCACAGAAAAUAUACUGCAGCAUUUAUCAAGUAUACCCGAGGAACAACUGUCAAGAGUUUCAGCACCAUCAUAUCGGACCCCACCUGUUCCAUCCAUCUCAUAUCCGAGUGAAAUGUUAAAUGAAAUGUCGAUGCCAUCUUUCGAAAAUGCGUCAUGCGGUUCUCCGCUGGAUCGGAGAUUCCUACUGGAUCCUAGGCUGGCAGAUGAGAGCCCACCAUUAUUUGCGUCGUCUUAUGUAACUUCACCAACGCCACCGUGUCCUUCCGGACAUUCAACAGCACAAACACCUUAUUUACACAGUCAAGAACAAAAACCAUUUAAAGCAUUCUCUCCUCAACGGCCAGUGAGCACAAUGCAGCAAGAGUAUAGAACUAUUAAGUCACCCGAGAGAUACCAACCGCUGUCAUCAACUUUAAGAGAUGUGCUCUCGCCUUCAAUACACACUCCACCAGCCCCACACUUUUCACUGCGUUCACCUACUCCCAUUGGCCCACCACCAGGCAGAAGCUUCCCAAAAAAUUUACCUCAUGAGCAAUUAGCCGACAUAAGUGAACCUGGUUUCUUUAGUGGUACUCCUGCAACUUCACAACAAAGGUAUUCGCUACCAACGAACAUGCCGAGUGAGCGGUUGGACGAUAUAAGUCAACCAUCGUACCAGAGAACUCCACCCCCGCAAACACCGCGCACACCCAUGAACUUACCCAGCGAAAUGCUGGGAAAUAUUUCUGCACCUUCCUACCAAUCACCAGCAAGUGAACAUAUUUCACAUGUCACAAUGCCCAGUUUUGAGGAUGUCUCAUAUGAAUCACCACUAGAUAGACGAUUCCUCUUAGACCCCAGAAUUGCGGACGAGACUAUGCCAUCACUACUAAGAACACCACCCACACAACGCUCACCCAUUACUAGUACACCACGACCAGGUGCAGCUACACCAAGAGCUGGCGGAGCUAGACGUCGGCUUUCGUAUAGUCAGCCGGAUUCAACUAGAGGCGGUAGCCCCUACAGGGGAACUCCCAAAAGAAGCAACUCUGAGGGAAGGCACGAUCAAAGUCCACGCGGUCCCGCUACUGUAGAGCAAACGCACACCACAAUCAAACAAAGUGGCACCUACGAACAACAACACAGUGUAACGCCUGCGCAACCCCGCACGCAAGGACGCCACGGCCAAACGCCCUUAAUGGAUACCUCCAAAGAGGAACUCAAAGUGACAACGUCAACAGUUUCUAUCUCGAGAGUUUACCACGGCGCUCCUGCUGAAAGUUCCACCGGUGGACACCAACGCAGGAGAAGUAUGUCACUGCCAAGUGAAAAUCUUGGCGAUAUUUCAAUGCCUGCGAGUCCACCAUCCAUGGGAAUGUCGAACACAAGUCGUUUUGAACAAAGAAAAAUGUCACCAAUGAGUCAAAUGCUCAACGACAUCUCCAUGCCGUCUGGGCCGCCAUCAAUGUCGAUGACACGCACAGGACGUUCGACACCGCGCAGAAAUCGCCGCAGAUCGGUGCAAGAUGUCAAUGAUAUAUCACCCAUAUCAUUCGCAUCCACAAUACCCUCCAUGGAUAGAUCUAGUACGACUAUGGAUGGUGGCAAAACGAAUGGCAAAUAUACAUCAACAUCCUCGCGCGGUUUCUCCGGGUUAGCGAAUUAUGCGCCCUUCUGUGAACAGAUACGUUCGCGUAAUAAUUCCAAUGCGUGUGAUCCCUGUGAUGCUUGCUGCCCAACUGUACAAAAUGUUAAUACUUGUGCUGAUUACUCCAAUACAGCAGAUUCAUGUGAUCCAUGUGCCGGUUUUCUAAAUGCUAACAGAUCUCAAAAUACAAAUAACACUUGUUAGGAGAUAAAAGCCGUUUGGUAAAACAAAGAAAGUGAAAAAAUUUCAAAUUACACAACUCCAAUUACACUAAAAUAUUCGGCAUGCAAAAUUUCUUUGUAAUUAGUUAUGUAAAAGCAAUAAAAAAAUAUUUUUUUAAG